GUGCUCGUGAUGUCCACAGAGUACAUACUGGUAAACACUAGCUUCCUCUGAUGAUCUAUGAGUUUCGACACAGCUUAGGAGAAGACGAGUUGAUAUAAGGUGACUGCCGUCUGCUUGAGAAAUUUAAGAAGCAUCCCUUGCGUUUGCCCUUUCAAAGGAUCUUGAUCCCUAACUGUAUUCCAAACCAGCAUCAGACAAUGAAUUUCUCCUCUUUUCCCUCUCCGUCCCUGCCCCCUCCACCUCCUUCCUCCUCCCUUGGCCUCUCUCAAAUCCUGGGCACUGCCAUCCUGACUUUGGCGUUUGUUCUGGGUUUCCCCGGGAACUUGUUUGUGGUGUGGACAGUGUUGUGUCGUGUGGCCCACCGCUCCGUCACCUGCCUGCUGGUCUUGAAUCUGGCUGCAGCGGAUGCCCUGGUCCUGCUCAGCGCUCCCUUCUUCAUACGUUACAUCGUGGGGGGCCGGGGAUGGGAGUUUGGGCCGGCCUUCUGCAAGCUGGUUCAUUACCUCUGCUGUGUCAAUAUGUACGCCUCCAUCUUCCUCAUCGCCGGAAUGAGCCUCGACCGCUUCCUGGCUGUGUCCCGCCCCUUCCUGUCCCAACAGCUGCGCACCAAGAGGGCCCUGCUCAAGAUUCUGCUGGUCAUCUGGAGCCUGGCAUUCCUCUUUGCGAUUCCCAUGCCCUUCUACCGCAGCAUUUUCCCAAAAGAAGGAUUGUUUUACUGCAUACCGUUCCACAGCGAUCCAAAGCACAUGGUUUUCCAAUACCUGAUGGAGACUCUCUUUGGGUUCCUGAUUCCCUUCGCUGUCAUCAUUUUCUGCUACAGUCAGGUUGGCAGUCACUUACAGGGGGCCAAAUUCAACAAACGAAGGCGGUCGGGACGACUCAUCCUUCUCAUCAUGGCUGCCUUUGCGGUUUUCUGGAUGCCCUACCACAUUGUGAACCUGAUCCAGGUUUCGGGUGCUUUAGCUGGGGAAGAAUCACUCAAGAAUGCCCUCCUGGGUGCUGCGAAAAUUGGAAGGCCUGGCGUGACAGCCUUCGCUUUCUUUAGCAGCAGCAUCAACCCCAUUCUCUAUGUCUUCGCCGGGAGUUCCCAUAUCCGUAGCGCCGGCUUGAAUUUCAUGGCCAAGAUGUUCGACGGGUCUCAUUCCGAAGGGUCGGGAUCCAGCCGUGUUUUCCGUUCGAUCAAAAUGACCCGGAACGAGUCCCUCGUGGAAAAGCUACCGGAGAUCAAAAUGCUACAGACAUAAAAUAUUUGACUGCAGGAUGGUUUUAUUAGAAGAAACAUGCAUCCUAGUGAAUGUUUAUUACAGGGGAGGACAAUCGCGGUGCUGGAGAGCUGUUCCACUCCAGGUUUAACAGAUAAAAUGAGAUAAUAAACUACUGCCGGGUCUAGACAGAGGUUUAAUUGGUUUAAUUAAACAACUUAGAACAGGGUUGGAACAAAGACCAGGAGUGGAAUAGAGUGGAAUGGACCUCCAGGACAGUGAUUGGUCACCCCAUUCUUCCUUAGUUUACCUUUCUGUCCAAUCUACAGCAGCACCAGACCACCAAGAGACACGCUAAUUGACAUUAAAAUACGCAGACCCACAACAGUCAUUGUACAACCUGCAAAAUACAACUUCUAUGUAAGAUUGGAUUUAAGGAUGGUCUUGGCUGGUUCCUAGCCUCAGUGCUCAGCACAAGACUUGAGUCUGAAAAGUUUGUCAUUAUCAACAUAUGAUUGUAUGUACACUCCAUUAAUUAAUGGCUUUUUAAUUCAAGUUGCAAAUUAUGUUAUUUUGAAUUAACCAAUGUUGCUGUUUUGGCUUCUCUUUUAUUGAUUCGAAAUCUCAUUUUAAUAAUUUAGGUCAGAUUAAUCAUUGUCCAAAGUGUUGUCUUCGAGGGCGGAUACCCCCAACCCCCAACCCAACCCAACCCCCAACCCCCAACCCCCAACCCCCAACCCCCAACCCCCACCCAGCAAAUAGACUGGAGCAGCAUCCCAGUUGAUGAAACAGGAUCCAUGCAGCAGGGGAAGGGGUGUGUGAAAGGCGUACUGUGUAUUCGUUCAUACUCAGGGAAGCAACACAACAUUGAAAAAACGGGACAGCUUCCAAUACUACCAUGUCAUUGAAUUAUUGAACAUCAGAUAUAUUUGCUGUGUUCUGCACGCUGUCUUGUGUUCUGUAUAUCAUAACUGUUCAGAAUGCUCAUCAUUAAUCAAUCAAGCUUUCUUACACUCUUACACACACAGCUGUUCUGUCUUUUUAUUUCCCAAACUGAUAUUUACCUUUAGCAGGCUUAUUUGGGUAUGUUUGUACCACAGUAUUGUUAGAGAGUUUUCUGUGGGGUGCACAUAAAAUACUGUCAUAGAGCCUUUACAGGGUUGGUUUGUGUGUGGCGGGUUCUUUUUUAACUGCUUCAGGAGUCUGACAAAGAUCAAGAAAUACAAGAAAAUAUGUCUGUAUGUAUAAAGAAAACAAAAACCUUUA